CGAACUUAAUUUAAAAUUUCAGAAAGGAUCACUUUUCAACAUUUCCACCAAUUUUCAGUGUCUAACGCUCCUCUAAAAAUUUGAACUUUGAAAGAAGCCUCAAAAAUAAACAAACUUGUUUGUCAGUUCUUCAAGAUAUGCAAAGUUAUGGCGAUAAUACAGGGGUUCGAGACUUCGUGAAUCGUUUCGAAACCGCUUUGUUCGGCUAUUCUCUAAACGACGUCUCGUUUUGCUGGGAAACAUUUAUUCAAGAUUCGAUUUUUUGUCCGAUUUUGUUUGUAUUCUACUGGGCUUUGUUCACGAUCCUAUUCACGUGUCUGUACUUGAUUUCAGCCUGGUUUGGAUUCGAGUACUUUUACGACAAGAAACAGUUGAACCAUGCUCUGUUUCUGAAGAACCAGAUCUGGCGUGAACUGAAAGUGUCCUUCGGCACACUUCUAUGGACCCCUCCUAUGGCCAUAGUGCUGUGGGCGCCCAUGCGUCUGGGCUACUCUGGACUCCAUUGCUGUAGGGACCCCUCAUUCGCACAAGAAGCGGCUGUCAUCUUCAUCAUAAUGGUGAUUGCGGACGCUGAAGUGUACUGGUGGCACCGCUUCGCCCACCUGCCCAUCAUGUACCGACACGUGCACAAACGACACCACCAGUUCGUCAUCCCCACCCCCUUUGCCAGCUACGCCUUCCACCCCCUCGACAGCUUCAUGACCGGACUUCCGUAUAUGGCUGGCUGCUAUCUGUUCCCCAUGCACCUGAUAACCUUCAUGACUCUCCUCGUCUUUUCACACCUGUCCGCUUUCGGAGUACACGAGGGAUAUUUUGACGUCUGCACUAAAUUCCAGAAGUAUCUCGUCGGUUCAGCUUUUCAUUCGGGUCAUCAUAAGUUUCUCGUAAAGAACUUCGGACAUAUUUCCACUUUCUGGGACGUCGUUUGCGGUACGAGUCGCUUCCCGACUUGGAACUCGGAGUUCAUGUUCUUGGACACUCUCGCCGUUCAGCCGACUCCUCUUUUGGAAGCGAAGAAGAAGCUACUAAAUCGUGUGUUGUCGGCCGAUUUACCGAGAACCGCAGUUCCGAAACUGGACGAACUGAAGCACCGAAAACUGUGCAGGAAACUGAGCAUUUUGACGACUCAAAGAAGAAUAACAUAAGCUUCAAAGAGUAAUUCGAACUCUGUAAUACAUGGCAUCAAUAAUUAUAGGACUGAAUCUGAAUGGAACAUCGAUUUACCAUAGGUUUGCAUUUGAUUGAAUAACCCGAGUAUUUGAA